ACAGAGCAGUUACUUCCACUACUAGAUUAUCUAAUCUAUGAUAUUCUCUGUCUGAGUGGACGGCUGUUAUAUAUACCAGUUAAAUUUGAUAGCGCCUUAGAAAGAAUAUGGAGAAAGUAUGAAGAUGAAGUAAUACUAGUUAUUCAGGUAAGAAUAAGACUUUCCUAUAUACUACUAAAAGAACUAGACUGUGCUGUUAAAAUAUACUUCAGUAAUAGUCUUCUUAUUAUUUUGACUAAAUUUAUUACUCUUUAA